GUGGCGGCCCUGGGGGACCGGUCUAGCGCCGGGGAACAAGAAGUAGGUGUGCAGGCCCUGAAGAAGCAGUCACGAAUUGGAGGGGAAUUUCUUAGCCAAGAGUUAAGAAAGAAGCCUGGAGCUUGUGGCCGAGGCCCGACUGUACCCGGCCGGUAGGAGAGAGGUCUUUCCCGUGGAGGAGGAUAGUGGGGAAGGGGAGAAGAGAGACCUGGAGGAUGUUGGGCAGGUUUGGUAAGGAGGGAACUAAACCCAGUCAGAUGACCCUUCUCCAGACUUAGAUCAGCCUUUCCAGAGUUCCUAUAGCAUCUGCCCCAAUUUCAGCUGAAGACUCAGGGGCCCCAGGGACUGGAAGAAAUCACAGUGCCUGCUUGGAAAGAAGAAGAGGUAGCGACUUGCCCCAGCUCAACCCCAGAGCGGGAUGGUAUUGGAGGCUUCACGAAAGGUGUUUUCUGCUGUUUCCUGGGCUUUCUGUGAUGGGAACACUAGCCUCUCUGGCAUUGCUCAUUCUGAGCGGGUGGAAUAGUCGCCGUUGGAGUCCGAGGAGCCUGGCUGCAGCAUAGCCUGUAUCCUUGCUCUGUGGGUUCCUCUGGGGCCAGCUUCCUGGGAAGCGCCAUCCCCCCCGGCCCUUUCAGAAACUGAAAGGUGGCAGUGUGCCACCCCUUCCCUGGCUGGCCCAGCUCCGGGCUGGGUCAUACACUGCCCCAUUGUAUUGUGCCUUCGAUGCAGUUCUUGUUGCAGCCUCUGAUCCCUGGGCCGGUUCCCUCUCGGCCCCAUUCCUCAGAGCCUGUGGGAGGUGGUGGGGUGGACUCUGCUGGCACAGGCAGGGGAUGGGCGGCAGCUGCAGCUGGGGCUGGCUUUGUUCUGACACCCCAGCUUUCAGAGCUGUGGUGCAGCCUGGCAGCCGGGUCCAGGGAAAAGGCAAGACGGGGGAGCUCCCCACCCCCACUCCCACAGCAGUGCCCCCUUCCACCACAGCUCUCGUCUCUUUUUGUUGACCAACCAGAGAGCCCUGUUACCUGGGGUCAGCAAGCUGGACUCCCUGGUUGGCAGGGGGCAUGCUGCACUUCCACCUGGCAUGGUUUUCAGAUGGGAGAAAGCCCCCGAGGCUCUAGUGCUCCGGAGUUGGGCUGCUCUCAACCAAGCUGUCUGUUUAUAUGGAGUGCCUGGAGGGCGUCUGCCAUGAGUCUGUCGCUAACCGUGCUAACCAGGAGAGCUGGCUGGUUGGGGAGAAGACACUAACCCUGAGCUGUUGGCUAGAGGAAGUGGAGGGGCCGUGGGAUGCAGAGAGCCGAGGGCUAACUCUGGGACAGCGGAACAGAGAGAGCUGCUGACGAUCAGACGCAGGUUGAGGAGCCCUCACCUCCCAGGAUGACCAGCGCAGCCCCUGCUAAGAAACCGUACCGUAAGGCCCCACCUGAGCAUCGGGAGUUGCGGCUGGAGGUUCCUGGAUCCCGGCUGGAGCAGGAGGAGCCCCUGACCGAUGCAGAGAGGAUGAAGCUGUUGCAGCAGGAGAACGAGGAGCUCCGCCGGCGCCUGGCCUCAGCCACCAGGCGCACCGAGGCCCUGGAGCGCGAGCUGGAGAUCGGGCAGGACUGCUUGGAGCUGGAGCUGGGCCAGAGCCGCGAGGAGCUGGACAAAUUUAAGGACAAGUUCCGCAGGCUUCAGAACAGCUACACGGCUUCCCAGAGGACCAACCAGGAGCUGGAGGACAAGCUGCACACACUGGCCUCUCUUAGCCACAGCUGGAUCUUUGCAAUCAAGAAAGCGGAGAUGGACAGGAAGACGCUGGACUGGGAGAUCGUGGAGCUGACCAACAAGCUGCUGGACGCCAAGAACACCAUCAACAAGCUGGAGGAGCUCAAUGAGCGGUACCGGCUGGACUGCAACCUGGCUGUGCAGCUCCUCAAGUGCAACAAGUCCCACUUCCGCAACCACAAGUUCGCCGAUCUGCCCUGUGAGCUACAGGACAUGGUUCGGAAACAUCUGCACAGUGGUCAAGAGGCUGCCAGCCCGGGCCCCGCCCCUAGCCUGAUGCCAGGGGCUGUGGUACCCACCUCGGUCAUUGCCCGGGUGUUAGAGAAGCCAGAGUCUCUACUGCUCAACUCAGCCCAGUCAGGCAGUGCCGGGCGCCCCUUGGCCGAGGAUGUCUUUGUGCACGUGGACAUGAGUGGGGGGGGCCCGGGUGACCCAGCCAGUCCCCCAGCCCCUGGCAGCCCCACCUCACAACCCAAUGGGGAAUGCCGCUCCCUGGGCACUGCUGGGGGCUCCCCAGAGGAGGAGUUGCCCCUGCCAGCCUUUGAGAAGCUGAGCCCCUACCCCACCCCAUCUCCACCACACCCGCUGUAUCCUGGCCGCAAGGUAAUCGAGUUCUCUGAGGAUAAGGUGCGAAUCCCCCGCAACAGCCCCCUGCCCAACUGCACUUACGCCACCCGCCAGGCCAUUUCCCUGAGCCUGGUGGAGGAGGGCGGUGAGCGGGCCCGCCCCAGCCCAGUGCCCAGCAGCCCUGCCUCAGCCCAGACCUCCCCCCGCCACGAGCCCAGCCCUGUCCCCCCAGCACUCAGUGCCCCGGCCAGCUCUGCCAGCUCUGAGGAGGACCUGCUAGCCAGCUGGCAGCGAGCAUUUGUGGACCGCACUCCACCCCCAGCCGCCGUGGCCCAGCGCACAGCCUUUGGACGUGAUGCCCUCCCUGACCUGCAGCGCCACUUUGCUCUUAGCCCCGCUGACAGAGAUGAGGAGGUUCUGGCGCCUUCUUCCCCACCUGGUGAGAGUGGGCUUUUGCUGCCAACAGAAGCUGAUUCUGGCCUUCCCAGGGAGGAGGAAGAAGAGCUGAACCUGCCCAUCAGCCCUGAGGAAGAGCGCCAGAGUCUGCUGCCCAGUGAUAAUGGCACAGAUCAGGGGCCUGUCACUUCCCACACUGACGGCAGGGCCUGGGCACUCCCCAGCUCCAGCCGUCCCCAGCGCAGCCCCAAGAGGAUGGGGGUGCACCACCUUCACCGCAAGGACAGCCUGACCCAGGCCCAAGAGCAGGGCAACCUGCUCAACUAGGCCUCCCCCCCCCGCCCCGUCGCCCUCCUGCCCCUGCUGCUCUGCUCCCUGUGCAGUGGUGUCAGGUGGGCCACGCCAGGCCUUGUAGCCGCGCUGCCUGUGACUGGCACCAGCUUGUCUCAUGGCUUUUCCCUUUUCUUGGAAUAUUUAUUCCCCAAGGGUAACAUGCAGCUGGGGCCCAAGACCUUUCUUCCGGUUGGCCCAAGUUGGCCUGGGCCGCGGAGGGGUCUAUCGUAUCAGUGUUCAUCUUCCAUCCCCCUUUCAUACCCGCAAGUUUUAUAUUUUGUGGUUCCCCCCCCCCCCCACGGGGUCGGGAGGGGGACGUCGUCGGGGACGAUUAACCUCUAAUUUCUAUUUUCUGCCUGUUUUCCUCUCCCCUCAAGUCCUCUGCACGAGCUGUUGCCUUCAAGGGGCCCUUGGGGGAUGAGGGAGAGGACUCACUCAGGGCUCGCCUCAGCUGUGUCCAUCCUCCCUCUGGAAGGGAGGAGAGGGAGGGAUUCAGGGGCCUCAAGCUGGGCUCUAGGUGAGGCCUGGCCCCCUCCCGACCUUGGCUCUAGACUGUUACUCCCAGCUUUGGGAAGUUUUCACAUCGAUGACUAUUUUAAAAUUAAAACUAUUUUACUGA